AUGCUUCUUCUGCCAGGCAUCCUUCGUCGUUGGAAAUCGGGCAAGCGAAACAGUCAAGACUCCGACGAGAGUCGGCCGUUUCUUCCAGUACAUUCCCAAAAUGAAGCCGGAUGUGCCGACUAUGGAACCCAGCAGUGCCACGAUGGCCCCUCUACGAAUUCCGCCGGCCACAUCUUGGAAGACGACGACGAUGAGAGCGACUCGGACGAUGACGCUAGCAUCAAGCGCCGUCGGGCUAAGAGGCUUCGAGAAAAGGGAGGUUGGUGGGGAUAUCUCAAAGACUUCGCCAUAUUCAUUCCGUUUUUGGUCCCGAAAAAGAAUCGAAAAGUCCAGAUCUCCAUCUUCCUUUGUCUCCUUUGCAUCGCUGGCAAGAGAGCGUUGAAUAUCUUGAUACCCCGCCAACUCGGCAUUAUCACCGACUUGAUCAUGGAGAAAAAAGUCCCGUAUGGGGCUUUGGCAACCUGGUUGCUCUUGAGCUUGCUGAGUGAGGAAGCUGGCGUGGGCUUGGUAGAAGCACUGGCCAAGAUUCCCGUCAAGCAGUUUUCAUACCGGCAGAUCACCAAUGCAGCCUUCAGCCAUGUCAUGAGCCUGCCAAUGGAGUUCCACUCCGAGAGGGACUCGGCUGAGGUCAUGAAAGCCAUCGAGCAAGGCGAGGCUCUCGGCAAUUUGUUAGAGACUGCAAUCAUCGACAUUCUUCCCACGAUCGUGGACAUGGUCAUUGCACUGUGGUUUCUCAACUGGAAGUUCAACGCAUACGUCUCCCUUGCCAUGUUUAUGGCAUCCGCGGCUUUUAUCACGCUAGAGGUCUUCACUUCAAGCUUGAACAUCACGAACCGCCGUGCAUCAAGCAAAGCCGAAAGAGAAGAGGCACGGAUUAUGCAUCAGGCUGUACAGGGAUGGCAGACUGUCUCAUAUUUCAACAUGUUUGGCUUCGAAAAACGCCGAUUCGGUCAAGCCGUAAACACCCGACUCGCUGCGAGUACAAAGUUCAGUGUUGGGGACGCUUUUAUCCAAGCCCUUCUUGAGAUGAUGAUACCAUCAACCUUCUUCGCUCUGGCCAGCCUGGUCUUUUACGAGAUUUCUCAUGGAAGAGCCUCGGCUGGCGACUUUGUUCUGCUCUUGUCAUACUGGGAAUACCUGAUCUGGCCUCUCAAGCAGCUAUCUCACAACUGUCGGUAUCUAAUGACUGAUCUUGUCGACGCCGAACGUCUUCUCGACCUACUACAAACCAAGUCAACCAUUGUGGAAAAGGAGAACGCCAUGGACCUGCGCACAAUCGAGGGUCAUGUUUCUUUUGAGAACGUUGGCUUUUCAUACGACGGAAGACGGCCCACGCUCCAGAAUUUGAGUAUCUCUGCUUUACCAGGGGAGACAAUUGCCUUGAUUGGCGAGACUGGCGCAGGCAAAUCAUCCAUCAUGAAACUGCUAUUGCGCUUCUACGAUGUCACAUCGGGACGGAUCACGAUUGAUGGUCACGAUCUACGCGACGUCACCAUGAGUUCUCUCCGAGAGGCCCUUGGCGUUGUCCCCCAGGAUCCGCUACUGUUUAAUGCGUCCGUCAUACAAAACUUGCGCUACGCGCGACCUUUGGCAACAGACGAGGAGGUAUUCGACGCUUGCCGGGCUGCAGCGGUUCAUGAUACCAUUCUCAGGUUCGCAGAUGGCUAUGAGAGCAAGGUGGGUGAGCAGGGAGUAAAACUGUCUGGAGGAGAGAUUCAGCGACUGGCCAUCGCGCGAGUGUUUCUGAAGAAGCCACCAAUCCUCAUACUAGACGAGGCCACAAGUGCCGUCGAUACAAAGACAGAAGCAAGCAUCCAACAUGCUUUAGAUGCUUUGAAACGUGGGCGGACGACAUUCGUUAUUGCUCACAGGCUUUCAACAGUUGUUCACGCGAACAAAAUAAUAGUCAUCCACGGAGGAAGAGUAGCAGAGAGCGGUACACAUGAAGAGUUGCUUGCGAGAGGCGGGAUAUACAAGGACUUGUGGACAAGACAGAUUGGUGGUGCGUCAUAG